AUGUUUACCUUUACUCCCUUGCUGGGAUCGCAGUCUGGUACUCGAGCCUCUCAGUCCCUUCUCGAGCUUGAUGGUGGUGUCAAGGUUCUGGUCGAUGUCGGGUGGGAUGAGCGAUUUGACCCUCGGCAGUUAGCUGAAAUAGAGAAACAUGUCUCAGCUCUAUCUUUCAUCAUUCUUACCCAUGCUACCACUUCCCACAUCGGUGCUUUUGCCCAUUGUUGCAAACAUAUUCCACUCUUCACUCAGAUCCCUGCCUACGCUACCGCGCCUGUCAUCGCGUUUGGGCGUACCCUCCUACAGGACCUUUACUCUUCCACGCCCUCAGCCGCCACGUUUAUUCCCGGUUCAGACAAUGCUGGCGCAGAAGAUAAAUCUCGCUCUACCAUUCUCCGCCAGGCCCCUUCCUUCGAAGAGAUCAACAAAUACUUUUCACUCAUCAAUCCCUUGAAAUAUUCACAGCCACAUCAACCCACUCCAUCUCAGUUCUCCCCUCCGCUGGAAGGCCUGACGUUGACGGCCUAUAAUUCUGGUCAUACACUUGGUGGUACGAUAUGGCACAUACAACAUGGCAUGGAAUCAAUUGUCUAUGCAGUGGAUUGGAAUCAAGCAAGAGAGAACGUCAUAGCAGGAGCGGCGUGGUUCGGUGGAGUUGGAGGCGCCGAAGUUCUCGAGCAGCUGCGCAAGCCAACGGCACUUGUGUGCAGCAGUGUUGGUGCAACAAGAGUCGCUCUCUCAGGCGGUCGAAAGGCUCGAGAUGAUGCACUACUAGGACAUAUCAGAAGCAGCGUUUCGAAGAAUGGCACAGUACUCAUCCCAACGGACUCCAGCGCCCGUGUUCUAGAGCUGGCUUGGAUCUUGGAAAAGGCGUGGUCCGAUGAGUCCAAUGCGCCUUUUCUCAGAAACGCAAAAGUGUACAUGGCAAGCAAGUCCGGCAAUGCCACUUUAAGACACGCGAGGAGUCUAUUGGAAUGGAUGGAUGACAGCAUCGUUCGAGAGUUUGAAGGCGAGGACGAGAAUCCCACUCGAGUUCAGACUCAUAAGAGAAGCGGCAGUAGGCAGGUCAACGGUGCGUCGAAGCCAACCAGGCCAUUUGAAUUCAAGAACGUCAAGAUUGUCGAACGGAAAACUCAACUCGAAAAGUUAUUGAAGUCGGAAGGUCCCAGGGUUAUUCUUGCCAGUGAUUUGACUUUGGACUGGGGCUUUUCGAAGACGCUAUUGAUGGAAGUUACACAGAGGCCUGAGAACCUCAUCAUCUUGACCGAAAGAACAGAGCUCAACUCUACGGUCUUUAACACAACCCACGAACUCUGGAAGUGGUAUGAAGAGCGUCGCGAUGGCGUUGCUUUGGAGCGUGCGCCUUCUGGUGAGCAGCUGGAGCAAGUUCACAGCGGAGGCAGGACACUCCAGCUGAGCAUUUCCGAGACGGCCACAUUGAGUACGCAAGAGAGUCAACGAUAUCAACAAUAUAUGGCCACGCAGCGACAAAUUUGGGACUCGCUCGUUCCCCCAAGUGAGAGAGACGGAGCUGGCGCUGAAGAUAACCUGGAUGAUGAAUCCAGUUCCUCGUCAUCGGAUGAAUCAGAUGAUGAGCAGCAGGGCCGUGUGUUGAAUGUAUCCUCUGCUUUGGGCCACGGGGCGCGGAGCAAGCUCGCUUUGAGCGACGCCGACUUGGGAAUCAGUAUUUUGUUGCGGAAGAAAGGUGUUCACGACUAUGACGUUCGAAACAAAAAAGGUCGAAAUGCUCUCUUUCCCUACACACACGCGCGGAGGCGUGGAGAUGAGUUCGGCGACUUCAUCAAGCCAGAAGAUUUCCUAAGAGAAGAAGAAAAGGAGGAACAAGAUGCUACCAGAGAUGAAAAAGGUGGUGGGUUUUUGGGGCAGAAGCGGAAAUGGGAUGACGCGAACAACAAGAAGGAAAACCAAAACAAACGAUUUCGUGGUCACGUACCUCGUUCUACAACCCCCGGUGAAGAAGACUCUGACUCAGAAGAAUCGGAAACAGAAGAUCACAUCGAGGCCGAAGGCAUCCAAGGCCCUGCGAAGCUCGUAUUUUCCACGACGGAUAUUUUAGUAAAUGCGAGACUUGCAUUUGUCGACUUUGCGGGGCUGCACGAUCAGCGAAGCCUGCAAAUGUUAAUCCCUCUUAUCGGACCCAAGAAACUCAUCCUGGUGGGAGGAAGCAGUCAAGAGGUUCUUUCGCUAGCAUCAGACUGCAAAGAGCUCUUGGGCAUCAAGGUCGUGGGUGCCGAGGAUGAGCCAUCUACCGAGAUAUUUACUCCUUCUGAAGGUCAGCUCAUUGAUGCGAGCGUCGAUACCAAUGCAUGGAUUGUCAAACUCAGCCGUGAUCUUGCGAAGACCCUGCAAUGGCAGAAUGUCAAGAAUAUGGGGGUAGUGACCCUACAAGGCCAGCUCAAGGUAGAUGGCCAGGCCUCGAACUUACACGAUGAUCCUCAAAUGAAAAAGCAGAAACUGGACACUGAAACAUCCCUUCAGACGGCGGCCUCCAGGAGGACUGGUCCUGAACCCCUUCUUGACGUCUUACCACCAAGCCUUGCCGCUUCCACACGACCUGUCACACAAGCAAUCCAUGUAGGCGACCUCCGUUUGGCUGACUUGAGAAGGCUCAUUGCCCUAGAAGGCCAUCUCGCAGAAUUUCGAGGUGAGGGCACGCUACUAGUCGACGGAAUGAUUGCAGUGAAAAAACUUAGCAGUGGGAAAAUAAUUGUGGAGGGGGUUGCGGUCAAUGCCAUGACUCCGAAGGCUGCCGACAAUUUCACAAGAGUGAAGCAAAAAAUCUAUGACGGAUUAGCAGUGGUUGCCGCUGGAUGA